UGACAGUCCUCACCAGCUCACGCUGCGGGUCUUGACCUCCUAUGAAAUUGUACACCUCCAGUCACAUGGUUUAGAGAGAAAAGAAGAGGCCGCACUUGGCAAACGGGCCGGAGGGGGAGGACGAGAUUUGUUAACUGGGCCAAAGGGCGUGCACUCGUCAUUUGCUACCAACACAGCAUCAGUGCGUUCGACCCGUGGAGGUCACAGAGACAACUCUGGCGUCACAUUGCAGUGGAAAAUGCCUCAAAACCGCUUGAAGCAUUCCUGGAAAUGUUUCGACUUGGGGGGAAAAGAUUUUCUCCUUUAUGGCAUCCAGAAUGAAGGAACGAAAGAGAACGCCAAUUUCUCACAAAGUGAUCGAGAAACGAAGACGAGAUCGUAUCAAUCGCUGCUUGAACGAGCUGGGGAAAACAGUACCGAUGGCGCUGGCCAAGCAGAACUCCGGGAAGCUGGAGAAGGCUGAAAUAUUGGAGAUGACAGUUCAGUAUUUGAGAGCUCUCCACUCUGCAGAUUUUCCAAGAGGCAGAGAAAAGGGCGAGUUACUGACCGAGUUCGCCAACUACUUCCACUACGGCUACCACGAGUGCAUGAAGAACCUAGUCCACUAUUUGACCACGGAAGACCGAGCCGAGACCAAAGACAUCAAGUACGCGCGUAUCCUCGCCUUCCUGCAGUCCAAAUCACGCGCAAUCACCGAGCCCGUGUUCGGUUCCGCCGGGCCCGAUGCCUCGGACUACCUGGGCCACCAGCUGCACUCGUCUCCGGAGCAUCAGAGCUUGCACAGCCCCACAGAGAUGUACCAACAUCACCAGCAGCAGCAGCAGCAGCAACAGCAGAGCCCGCCACGACACUUGGCCUGGCACGGCUCGGCCCGCGGCCCGGCCAUCUCGUACCCGCCCGCUGUGGCUUUGAGUGCAGCGCACGCGCAGCAGCACGGUGGAUACUUAUCACCGGUGCAGGGACUCGAACAUCAUCACUACUUCAACUUGCUUGGCCACGCGCACCACAACACCUUCACUCUGCACAGUGCGCAACACGCCAUGUAACAUAAAUUGUUGUCGUUUUAUUUAUAUUCAUGCAGAGGAUGAGAUGGAACUUGUACAUGAUGUAAGUAAAUGUUUCAUUAAAAAAUA